AUGAGUUCGGCCAGUCAAGGCAUUUCGGAAUGGUCGCACCAACACCUUACGCAACCAGAAGCCGAGCAGGCACAGCCCGAAGAGGAUGAAUGGCAGCCCAUGCCGGCUUUUGCGCCGUACGAUAUGUAUGAUGACAAUAACAAGCUCAUUGCGAGAGAAGCACAUGAAUCCGAUGAGGAAGACGAUCCCUACGCGGGGUUAGGGGGAGCAGGAAAGGGAUACACAAGGGUACAGCUGGAUGAGGACGUCCAAUCUGCGACUAGUCUGGAUGAGAAUACCCAAUAUCUUUUCAGGGAAGCUAAUGACACGGGUGCUGGAAUAGAGGAAGAGGAACAAAGAGAUGCCGUCUCACAGAUGCAGGCUACGAAGGAACUUUUGACAGAGGGCCAGAGGAUUGCAUAUGUCGGCAUGACGAGACUCAUCCUCUCAACAAUGCUGAUUGAGGCAAUAAAAUUAGCCGCAAUGAAAGGGAGCAAGAGGGAAGUGCAGAUGGCUGCAGAAGCUAUGCAAAUGUGGAGUCAAAAGAUGAUGGUUCGACUGUACGCACAUAUGGAUAUCAGCGCAGCAGAGCAAAUUAUGAUUGAGCAAUUGGUUGAGCACGGUGUCCAACCAUCAGAUAUGACGCCUACCCUCAUGCAGAAUGCUCGAGUUAAGAACCCGAUGGCAUCCUCUACGGCUGGAUCCUCGUCUCGGCCAGGAUCAGUUGCUUCUUCCGACAUGAGCCAUAGGCCUUCUACAUCCGCUCCUCCGACACCGCGUCCUGAUGAAGAAGAGGCAGCAGCGGUGCCACCGCCAUACCAAGAGCACGAGGGAGAUGACCUUCCCGAAGUGCGUAUGCCUUCACAGCUUCCAAAGACCACGAACAUUGAUAUUGAUUUGCGAUGGACCGUGCUUUGCGAUCUAUUCUUGACCCUUAUUGCGGAUUCAGUUUAUGAUGCUCGAUCAAGGGUCCUGCUUGAGAGGGUCGGCGAGAAUAUGGGUGUUUCUUGGCUUGAAAUUUGUCGGUUCGAGAAACGAGUCACAGAUGCGGUGGAGAUGCAGCAAUCCGCACAGAAAGAGAACUGGAACGAAGAUGUGCACAAGGAGAACCGAAGAAAGAUGGCUCUCAAGAAGCGCUAUGUGAUGAUGGGUUUAGCUACUGUCGGUGGCAGUCUAGUUAUCGGUCUCUCCGCUGGAUUGCUAGCUCCUGUGAUUGGUGCAGGCCUUGCUGCAGGCUUCACUACGAUCGGUGUUGCAGGUACGAGUGGUUUCCUGGCUGGUGCGGGGGGAGCUGCUCUUAUUACAUCAAGUGCUGCUGCAUCGGGUGGUGUCAUUGCAGUACGAGCUGCCAAUCGAAGGACUGGUGCUGUCAAAACAUUUGAAUACAGGCCCCUACACAAUAAUAAGAGAGUGAACCUCAUCAUUACUGUUUCGGGCUGGAUGACGGGGAAAGUAGAUGAUGUCCGGCUGCCAUACAGCACAGUUGACCCGAUCAUGGGCGAUUUAUAUUCCGUGCUGUGGGAGCCUGAGAUGCUUAGGAGCAUGGGAGAUACCAUUAACAUUUUGGCAACUGAGGCUCUAACGCAAGGUCUCCAACAAGUUUUGGGUAGCACGAUCCUCAUUGGUCUCAUGGCUGCUUUACAAUUGCCCGUGGUGUUGACCAAGCUCGCAUACCUCAUCGACAAUCCAUGGACAGUGUCUCUCGACCGAGCAAACUCGGCGGGGCUGAUCCUCGCGGAUUCCCUAAUCGACCGCAACCUCGGGACUCGGCCUAUCACGUUCGUAGGAUACUCUCUAGGAUCGAGAGUGAUCUUUUCGUGCCUGACCGAGCUUGCGAGGAAGGGUGCCUUCGGACUAGUACAGAACGUUUAUUUGUUUGGGUCACCGAUUGUAGCGAAGAGAGAGGAAUACCUGAGAGCUAGAAGUGUUGUUGCUGGCAGAUUCGUCAAUGGAUAUGCAAAGAACGACUGGAUCUUGGGCUAUCUCUUCCGUCUGACAAGUGGUGGCAUCAGUCGCGUGGCAGGUCUUGCACCUGUAGAAGGGAUCCCGGGCUUCGAAAAUGUUGAUGUCACGGACAUCGUCCCAGGCCAUAUGGCAUAUCGUGCCAUGAUGCCCCGUCUACUUAGAGAGGUUGGUUGGUUGGUUGAGAGUGACGAAUUCACGGAGAUUGAGGAUCCAGAUCCGGAGAAUCACCAACAACGACAACGAGAACUCAUCAAUGAGAUAGAAGAGGCUCGAAAAGAGUUUGAAAGGAAGGAGAGGGAGUCGAAGGGGAAAUUCGGGUUCUUCGGUCGGAAGAAGAAGGCUGUUGUUGAGCGGAAGGAAUGGGAGACCUACCAGGAAUACAAAGGCGACGCAAAUCCCAAGGGAAAAAGUUCAGGGCAAGGGAGCAACGAUGGCGUCCUAUUCGACAUCGAUGCCAUUCGUGCCGAGCUGGCCAGUGAGCAGAUGGAAGUGAAGGAGCUGCAAUCAACACUACCACCUAUGAAGCUCGAUCUUAGUUCCGAGAGCACAAAUCCUAGAUCUUCACUGCGAGAGACGAAAAGCUCCGACGCAGCCACGACGCUCAACACAAAUGAUUAUAAGUCAUCCCCAGCAGCCUCAUCACCAGGGCAAUCAAGCAGCACUAGAAUGCAGAAUGGGUAUCUCCAGGAAGACAUGGAUCGUGGAUUUGGUGGCGACGAAGAAGAAGAGAUCCAGAUGACCUUCGAUACAUCGUACGAGACUCCACCUCGGUCCGCUUCAGCCUCAUUCUACAACCCUCCUCCAUCGUCAGCGAUAUCGCCACACCCCCCACCCCUGGCCGAUCCGGUCGACCGAGCAGCCACACUCCAACGGCCGGAGCUAAAAUCAAGCGCCACAUUACCCACCACCAUGCCGUCUUCUCUAGACCACAACGCCUGGGCCGACGAGGAAGAAGACUUUGGCCAUGAGAGAGAGAUCGAGAUGACUUUUGCAUAG